AGCUUUAGAGGAUAAUUUUCAAGAGAAGAAAAAUUAAAGGAAAGAAGCAUACAUAAGCUAGCAUAAUCCAUGCAGUUCAUCCUAUAUUAUUUCCAAAGACUUACCUUUGUCAGCUUAUAAAAAUAAUAGGAAUUCAGGUCUCCAAUAAGAACAAAUCUUUUUUUUUUUUUCACAUCUCAACUUUAAAUAAAGUUUUGUGCUUUCCCUCCAUUUUCUUCUUCCACGUCUCUGGUUUAGUGGGUUUAUUAGAGUUUUCACAAGCAGCUUCUCCAUGAAAGCAUUCCUUCCUUCACCAAAGAAAAGCAGGCCCCAACAGAGAGAACCUUGAACUGUUUCUCUUCUUUUUAUCAUCUAUGGCUUCCUGAGUACAACUUCUUUGCUUCAAAUUUGAGUUUCAGGUUUCUUGUGAUGACAAACUUCCUCAAAGAAAAAGGAGAGAUGAAGCUAGUGGUGGAAGUGGUGGAUGCUCAUGAUCUUAAGCCCAAAGAUGGUGAAGGGUCAGCCAGUCCAUUUGUAGAAGUUGAUUUCCAUAACCAGCUUAGCAAGACCACAACUGUCCCCAAGAACUUAAACCCUGUUUGGAACCAAAAACUUCUCUUUGAUUUUGAUAUAACCAAGAAUUUCCAUCACCAAACCAUCGAUGUGUCUGUUUACAACGAGAGACGACCUGUUCCUGGCAGAAAUUUCCUAGGCAGAGUCAGAAUUCCUUGCUCAAAUAUAGUCAGGAAAGGUGAGGAAGUUUAUCAGAGUUUUCCAUUAGAAAAUAAGUGGUUCUUUUCACCUGUCAAAGGUGAAAUUGGACUGAAACUAUAUCUCUUACCAGAAUCUGAAACACGAAAACCUCCACCUUCUACUAGUCCUUCAGAAAACACGAAUCCCGGUACCAAAAUAUUAGCUGCCAUUCCUUCAGAAAAGAAAGUGGCAGCUGUUGUUGAUAAUCCUAAAGCAAUCACAGAAGCUCCCCAUAAAGAAACUUCUGCUGUUUUAGUAGAAAAUUCUCCUGAUAUUGCAAAAGAGCCAAAGGAGGAGAUCGACGUACCUGUCAAAGUUGAGACGACUCAACAGAUAUACAAGCACCAACUUAUGCACCAACCAGGAAUAUCCAUGGAGAAACGAUCGCAAGGCAUGCCAUUCAAUGUGCACUCUCCAAACCCGCAAGCUUAUCUUAGCGACGAUGACUACAACUUGAAGGAUACAAGUCCUCAGCUUGGCGAGCGGUGGCCAAAUGCAGGAGCAUAUGGAGGAAGAGGAUGGAUGAAUGGAGAAAGAUUCAGCAGCACAUAUGACCUUGUGGAGCAGAUGUUCUAUCUAUUUGCGCGGGUGGUGAAAGCCAAGGAUCUUCCCCCAAGCUCGAUUACUGGAAGCUGUGAUCCUUAUGUGGAAGUAAAGCUGGGGAAUUACAAGGGAAGAACAAGACACUUUGAGAAGAAAAUGAACCCGGAAUGGAAUCAAGUCUUUGCCUUCUCCAAAGACCGAGUUCAGUCAUCAGUUCUUGAAGUUCUUCUAAAGAAUAAAGAAAUGGUGGGCAGAGAUGAUUACCUUGGAAGAGUGGUCUUUGACUUGAAUGAGAUUCCAACAAGAGUUCCACCUGACAGCCCCCUAGCUCCUCAGUGGUACAGACUCGAAGAUCGCGGGGAAGGCAAGGUGAGGGGAGAGAUUAUGAUUGCAGUGUGGAUGGGAACACAAGCUGAUGAAGCCUUUCCAGAUGCCUAUCACUCAGAUGCUUCCUCAGUCUAUGGAGAAGGAGUUCUCAACAUCCGAUCAAAGGUUUAUGUAUCGCCAAAGCUUUGGUACCUUAGAGUAAAUGUGAUCGAAGCUCAAGACAUACUUCCCAACGACAGAAAUCGCCUCCCGGAAAUUUGUGUCAAAGUUCAAGUUGGUAGUCAAUUGCUCAAGACCAAGACUUGUCCUGUCCGAACAACUAAUCCGUUUUGGAAUGAAGAUUUGGUGUUCGUCGCAGCUGAACCUUUCGAGGAGCAGCUCUCUCUCACCGUGGAGGAUCGAGUGCACCCUUCAAAAGAGGAGGUUUUAGGCAAAAUAAGCCUACCAUUGACCAGUAUUGAGAAACGGCUUGACCACCGGCCAGUUCAUUCUCGCUGGUUCAAUCUUGAAAAGUAUGGUUUUGGAGUUCUGGAAGUAGACAGGAGAAAAGAGCUCAAGUUCUCAAGCAGAGUUCACCUGAGAGUAUGUCUUGAAGGUGGUUAUCAUGUGCUGGAUGAGUCCACAAUGUACAUAAGUGACCAGAGACCUACAGCAAAGCAGCUCUGGAAACCUCCCAUUGGGAUACUGGAAGUGGGCAUUCUAAGUGCACAAGGGCUUCUUCCAAUGAAAAUGAAGGAUGGCAGAGGUAUUACAGAUGCCUAUUGUGUUGCUAAGUAUGGUCAGAAAUGGGUUCGAACAAGGACGAUUCUUGACACUUUUAGCCCCAAAUGGAAUGAGCAAUACACUUGGGAGGUUUACGAUCCAUGUACUGUUAUCACAAUGGGAGUUUUCGACAACUGCCAUUUGGGUGGAGGUGAGAAGCAGAAUGGAGGAACUGCAGCUCGGGAUUCGCGGAUUGGAAAGGUAAGGAUUCGUCUAGCAACUCUUGAAGCUCAUCGGAUUUACACACAUUCUUAUCCCCUUCUUGUCCUACACCCAAAUGGAGUAAAGAAAAUGGGUGAACUGCAACUAGCAGUACGAUUCACUACCCUCUCUGUUGCUAACAUGAUCUAUCUCUACGGUCAUCCGCUGCUACCAAAAAUGCAUUAUCUGCAUCCUUUUACAGUGAACCAAGUAGACAAUCUGAGGUACCAAGCCAUGAAUAUUGUGGCAGUGAGGCUUGGUAGAGCUGAACCACCUCUAAGAAAAGAGGUGGUAGAGUACAUGUUAGAUGUUGAUUCCCAUAUGUGGAGCAUGAGAAGAAGCAAAGCUAACUUCUUCCGAAUCAUGUCGCUUGUUUCUGGUACGAUCUCCAUGGGACGAUGGUUCGGUGAUGUUUGCGACUGGAAGAACCCCGUUACAUCAGUUCUGGUUCAUUUUCUGUUUCUGAUACUGAUUUGGUACCCAGAGCUACUCCUUCCCACUGUCUUCCUCUACAUGUUCCUCAUCGGAAUGUGGAACUAUAGGUUCCGGCCAAGGCACCCACCUCAUAUGGAUACCAAGCUUUCAUGGGCAGAGGCAGUGCAUCCAGAUGAGCUUGACGAAGAGUUCGACUCAUUUCCUACUUCAAAGUCGCAUGAUGUUGUUCGUAUGAGGUAUGACAGACUUAGAAGUGUUGCAGGGAGGAUUCAGACAGUUGUGGGCGACAUAGCAACACAAGGGGAGAGAUUCCAAUCUCUGCUAAGCUGGAGAGAUCCAAGAGCAACCAGCCUUUUCAUAGUUUUCUGUCUCUGUGCAGCUGUCGUGCUCUAUGCAACCCCAUUUAGAGUGGUGGCUCUGGUCUCUGGUCUGUACUAUCUGCGGCAUCCCAGGUUUAGAAGCAAGCUGCCUUCAGUGCCCAGCAAUUUUUUCAAGAGGUUACCUGCUCAAACUGACAGCUUACUCUAAUUAUAAUACUCUGUUCAUUGUUGCCUGUUUCUUUUCCAUUCAGUAUUUCCUUACCUGCUCAAACUGACAGCUUACUCUAAUUCUAAUUCUCUGUUCAUUGUUGCCUGUUUCUUUUCCAUUCAGUAUUUCCUUGUUCAUACCACACAAAUAUUUAAUAAACUUGUAUUUUACACAUAAAAAAAUAACGCCUACCUACAGAAGAGAGGUAUCAUUUCUUCCAGUAGCCAUAUCCAUGUUUACGUUCACAGGAUUCUCAUUCUGAUCUUGCAAAUCCAUAAAGCCACUACUUCUGUCAUCAAAGCACUCGAGCAGCUCUCAAGAAGAAGAUUGCAGAACGAAGUUUCAUCAGUAUUUCUUCAAAGAAGAAAACAAACAUAUACCAAUUAAUUACAAUUAAAUGUUUUCCCUCAUUUCACCAGCACCCCUGUGGGUAGUAUUUUCCCAGAGCAAAGCAUUGACUCAAUCGAGAACCAUAUGCUUAAAGUCUCAAUCGGGUACCAGAGCAAAAAAGAGUACAAGUUAUUAGACAGCCCUAUGAAAAGACAUAAGAAACUUCCAGCAAUGAACAUAUCACCGCACCAGAACAUUUCUGAAUUUCCAACAUAGUCAAGCUGAUGGUAAAUGUCUUCUAAUAAAAUGACUUGACACUAAAUAAAAGCCCCUGCCUCAUCAGUAGUAGACAUUGCAUCACCAAAUCACAACAUUUACUGCAGGAUAAAGCAGUCAAAUGCACUAUUAAGAUGAGGUAGGAUCAUUGUGCUCAAUUUAACUCCGUAUGUAUUGGGGGGAGGGAGGGGACGGGGGUCGGUAACAAUUGAGAAAAUAUCCCUUGUAUAAUGCAUAACCUGAAGAUGUCAUAUAGCUGGUUAUAACAAAUAAAACUGGAAUGGUACAUCCACUAAAACAAAAUUCAACCAAAACGCAACAAAAUGUAGCAAAAGACGAACAAUCCUAAUUCUUGGCAAGCCUUGAUCUAAAAGA